UUAUUCUUAAAAAAAAAGUUUUUUUAAAGAUGGCAGAGAACUUUUUAAUAGGACAAAAUGUAAACGUUGAAACCGCUACCUUUAGUGAUGCAAUUUAUAUUCAGGCCCGUAAUUAUCUUGAAACGUUACUUGCAAAUACAAAAGACUACAACGCAGUGCUAGAAGAGAAACUUCAAUCCCAUCGGUCUCUGUGCGAAAAAGAGACUGAAGAACACAAGUGUUUAGAGGAAAAUGAAGUUAAACCUAUAUCAACACUAAACAUUAAAACCUCGGAAAAAGAACAAGAAGUUAAUGAACUUAAAGAGACAAAACAAACGAAACGUCAUGCCGUCAAUCGCGAUAAAACGACUGAUGAAAAAAUUAAAACGUAUGAACUAAGAACUGAACAACAUCAUAGAGAAGUGUUGAUGCUAAAGAAUAGAUUGAAACAGUAUCAAAAAAAACUGAAGGAAAAAGAGUGUGAAGAAUCUCGCAUAAAAAUGAUAUUCGAUAAAGAAAGGCAAUCUUUUUUACUAGAUAAAUCGAAUUUAAAAAAUCAGAUAGAUCAAUUAUCAUAUCGCUUACAACACGAGCAAGAGAUGCGAUCACAUUUUGAAAAGAUCAAUCAAGAACAGUCAUUAGAUAUCAUAAACUUGAAGUCAGCGGUAAAGGUUCACCUUAAUGAUAAAGAAAGAUUGGAAAAAUUACUUCUAGAAAAUGAGCAACAAGUUGAUAAAAUAAAGGAGUAUUAUGAACGUCAUUACAUUCUGAAAGAAAAAGUAGAAGAAUACCAAAGAGAUCUGGAGACUAAAGCUCGACUUGAUGUAAAUAAAAAGUUACAAGAAGUUAAUCUACAUCUUGAAGAACAAUCACUUGCAAGAGAGGCGUUUGAAAAAAUAAGAACAGAGAAAGAAAUUAAAGCAAGAAAGGAAAUGGAAGAAACAAUAUCUCAAUUAAAAAUGGAAAUUAGUUCGCUGAAAACCAACUUAUUUGAAGAUUUAUCUAAAAAAGACACAUCUGAAAUCCAAGCACAACGGUUCCAGACUCUGUUUAAAGACGAGAGAAAUUUUAACGACAAAAUGAAUGAUAAAUUAAAAAAAACCAACAACCUCCUAGACAUAGAACGUAGCCGCACCAAUACUUUAUUUGAAGAUUCGAUGUCCAAAAUAUCAAAAAAGUUGUUUGAAGAUCCAACAAAUGAAUACAAAUAUUCUACCGCAAAUCGCAAACAAUUUAGUAAAAACUCUAGACAAAAUCUCUGGAGCACACUUAUGGAAUCUUCUACAUACGGAAAAUCCGCAGAGAGAAAUUACAAAGAACUUUUUGAAAGAAGUAACUUACUAAGCUGAUACUUUUUGGAUUGUAAUCGAAAUAAGCACUUUUUUAAAAUUUAUUAUAUUUGGAAAAAGAAAUACUUGUAUUUUUAUAUUGUACUUGAAUCUUUUAUGAAACU